UGUUACACAGAAGAAAAGGGAGUACGUGCGCGCGGUUUGUUUGACUUCAUGUAUAUUUUGUGAUUAUUUUGUAACGUAAACUUUGUAAUACCUGUUGUUUUACCUACACCGACAGGUUUAUCUUAAACCAGAAAGAUACAGAUAAGGACUAAAACUAAAAAUAGCGUGUAUAUAACGUUAAUAUAUCCACGUGUAACUACAAAAGUAAGAUCUGCUACUGUAACUGUUAAAGAUGGCUUUUGUGAAGAAGGAAGAAGAGGAGGAGGAAGCGUGUUAUCCUCAACCAUGUUGCAUAAACGAUGAAAAACAUGCAGGAGUGAUAAAAGUGAAAGAGGAAGUCCAAGAUGAGAAUGAAGUGGAGGAGAAAUAUCAGCCCCAGAGUUUUCAAGAUGCCAUAAAAGAAGAACAAUCAUUGUCUUCUUCCCAAACUGAAGACACUUCCUCACAAAGCAGCGCUCAAAUAACAAGAAGGCCUCAAUGUGGAAACACUCUCGCACAUACAAGAAACUCGACCAAGCAAGUGACAAGUGACAAACCCUCAGAAAACCACAGUAGAACGGGCCAGUUCACAUGCAACCAAUGUGGGAAGACUUACGUGUAUAAAUCCAAAUAUGAUCAACACAUGCAAAUCCACACUAACAACAUUUUCAGCUGCUCUCUUUGUGAAAAGAGUUUCAUCUAUAAAACUCAGCUGGACAUUCACAUGAGAGUUCACACCAAAGAAGAGCCCUACACGUGCCAUCAGUGUGAUGAGACUUUCAGAUGGAGCAACAGCCUCAAGUAUCAUCUGCUGCGUCAUCAUUCUGAAGUGCUGCAGUAUAAAUGUGAUCAAUGCCCUAAAACAUUUGCUAAAGCGUCAUACCUAAAGACUCACCUCAACACUCAUGCGGAAGAGAAGUAUUGUGAUUGUGCCGCUUGUAAAAAGAGAUUCUUGCAGUCAGGAAAGGCUGGAGCAGUGAAUGCUACAGGAGUUUCACACAAAAAGAAAAACACAUUUACCUGCUCUAAGUGUGGACAGGUUUUUACGUGUAAAAGACGGCUUGAUAAACAUAUGGUGAGUCACGAUAAAGGGACGUGUGCGCAGUGUGGAAGGAUGUUUGCCACCCUUCAAACCCUUAAAAUGCACAUGAGAGUUCACACUGGAGAAAAGCCAUUCACCUGCUCUCAGUGUGGGAAGAAGUUCUCUCAUGAUGGAACCUUUAGGAGGCACAAAUUAAAUUGCCAUCAAGAUGCGCAAGCUGUUUUACCUGAGAAAAAGAUUCCAAAAUCCAAACGCUAAAGGUUAUCAGGGCCCAGUUUUUCAAGAAAUUAAAUUUGGAUCAAAUUGGUCAGGAUUUGGAAGUCCCAUCUUUUGCUAUCCAGGAUUAACUGAUCUAUCUUGCUUUUAUGACAGUUUUUAAAGGAACAUUGGGUUGGCUCACUGUGAUCCAAAUACCAAACAUCAGGAUUACCAAAUCCUGUUUUCCAGAGGCUCAAAUGGAACCAACAGUGUAGCCUACUGGCUUAGCAAAGAACAACAGGUAGGCAAAAUACCAGUGCUCACAAACAGCCAUUGUUUGUUUUAAUGGUAAGAAACGGAAACGCUGCUAUUAACAAACUUUCGACAUUUUUUUAGUUUGUUCUUAUGCAAUACUGCUUUCAUAUUAAUUUGUUGUUUACCAUAUCUUAUUAGAUGUAACUUGCUUCAUAUAGGCUUUAAAUAUGAAGGAAUUCAUAUAUCAUCAGCAACCAAAAAGUUUGUGAGCAUUUCACUUAAAAAAUACAACAAUUUGUUUUUUAAAACCAAAUAAAAUUAAAAAUUACAACUGAAUCCACCCUUCUGAUGUAAUCAGGAUAAUCCUGUAUUUUUUUUUUUUUUAUCAAAUAGAUCCCAAUCUGAGUUCAAAGUUGAGUGACCCAAAGGGCAGGUAUGAUCUAAAUCAAAUGUAAGAUUGGAUUACAUGGUCUGAUCUUAAUUCAGAAUCCCUCUGUUAUUUUUGAAAAACCCGUUUCCAAGAUCUACGUCCCACUGGAUUACUUUUGAAAAAAAAAAAAAAAAAAAAAAAACUGGGUCCUGAUGACAUAUCCUUAAACUUAUCUAGGUGAAUCAUGUAAAUUGCUUUCUGGAAUACCCCCUGGUUCAGUGUUGAGGUUACUGUCUAAAAAAUAUGCUGGAUAAGUUGACUGUUCAUUCCGCUGUGGUGACCCCUCAUGAGUAAAGGGACUAAGCUGAAGGAGGACGAGUGAAUGAAAAUAAGAAAAUAAACAAAUGUACGUACAUCAAUAUGUAUUUUCAAUUGAUAAUGGUUGUACUGUUUUGUUAAUGGUGUUCUGUAAUUUACUUGUACUGUGGUUAUGAACGAGUAUGUAAAAGGAAAUAUGGCCAUUUUAACUUUGGAACUUUGCAAUGUUUUGUUUUGUUUAUGGAGUAAAUUUUUUUGAUGAUUAUAUCAAUAAUAAAGUUUUUUUUUUUA